CGAGAAUGAGACACGAACAAGUUUCCACACGCAGGUUUCGGUCUUUUUCUGCUCAGAGUUUACAGACGUAUGUCGUGGUUAAACGUGUAAAUUUUGCGUUGUUUUCUGGCUUUCCGUGUGGAAAUUGUGUUUUUUUUUUGGUGUUCUCACACCAAGGCAGCAUGACGAACAAGGUGUGGAUCUAAAGCUGAAACCAGUAUGAGCACUAUACAGUAGCCUUUUCUUUGGACAUUCGCAGACGGAGGACAUUGUAGAGAGACACAGAGAGGCGGCAAGGAUGGCUGUCUUCAAGGUGGAUAACGUUGAAGACCUUUAUGAGAUCGGAAAUGUGUUGGGAAGUGGUCACUUUGGGCAGGUGCGAGAGGUGCGGGAACGGGCCACGGGUGUUCUGUGGGCAGGGAAGUUCUUGAAACUGAAGAAAGGUGCAGGAAGCAGGCUGGGGCUGGAGAGGAAGAGUGUGGAGAAGGAGGUGGAGAUCCUGCAGAGCCUUCAGCAUCAAAACAUCAUGGCUAUCAGAGACGUCUUCGAGAGCAGGGCAGAGAUCGUCCUCAUCGUUGAACUGAUAAAGGGUGGUGAACUGUUUGAUUUCAUCGCUGAGAAAGAAAACCUGACAGAGACGGAGGCCAUUGAAUUCAUGAAGCAGAUUCUGGAGGGUGUAAACUACAUGCACCAAAAAAACGUUGCCCACUUUGAUCUGAAGCCGGAGAAUAUCAUGCUGUCAGACAAGCACGAUCCUCAUCCAGACAUCAAGAUCAUUGAUUUUGGCAUGGCUCAUCACUUCAUUCAAGGAGAAGAGUAUAAGAGUUUAGGUGGAACCCCUCAGUAUAUUGCGCCUGAGAUCAUCAACUAUGAACCUCUCGGUACGGCUGCAGACAUGUGGAGUAUCGGUGUCAUUACCUACAUUCUUUUGAGUGGCCUGUCACCGUUCCAAGGCGAGACGGAUGAAGAGACGCUGAGAAACAUUGUGUCAAUGAACUAUGAGUUUGAGCCUCAUUUCUUCAGCCAAACCACCAACAUGGCCAAAGACUUCAUCCAGAAACUACUAGUUAAAGACCAGAGUGAAAGAAUGACAGCAGAAGAGUGUCUCAUUCACCCCUGGAUUAAGCCUCUCAAUAGAACUCAGAUAGCGAAGAGGAACCGCUCCUCCAUCAACAUGAAGAACUUUAAGAAGUUCAACGCUAGGAGGAAAUGGAAGAUGUCCUUUAACAUGGUUUCGGCUUGCAACCGGCUGUGUCGACUGCAGAUACUGUGUAAAGCUCGUGGUACAGAGCAACAAGAACUGAGAGACUGCGAGAGUGAUCAGGAGGACACAGGCACAAAACCAGCAUCUCUGUUACGCAGACGGCUCAGUAGCAGCUCAUAAUUGUGACCUCUAGAGGGAGUCAGAAACACAAGCAUCUCCAUGUGAAGAGGAGGCAGCAGCAGCGCUCAUUCAACCCAAUAGGGGGAGACCGGCCCAUCCACAGGCCAAAAACACAAGCGAUUGCUCAUAUCCAGUUACAGCGGAUGAGGUGAUCUGAAGGAGGAAUGGGGAAUGGGGAUCAUUGUGGCUUUCAAUUCUAAUAUGCAAGCAUGUUCAUAGAGUUCUACCUCUGACAGACUGAGUGUGACGCCUCUACCUGAAGUGCUGUUGACAGAAUGGUCGGCUCUUGUGAAGGAUGUACCUACAAUAUUCAGUUCUCCUGUUUUUAGCUGUGGAUUUAUUUUUAGUGGGAUUACAACAUUAGUUUAGGGGUGCACUUAUAUAUCAAUGCCAUAUACAGUUUUAUCAUUAAAUGUUUAGAUUAUUAGAAAUGAUUAGCCCUCCGGUGAAAUUUGUAUUCUUUUUAAAAAUAUUUUCCAAGUGAUGUUUAAUAGAGCAAAGAAAGCGUUUUUAUUUUCUUUUGGCUGCAACAAAAAAUAUAUAAUAAUAUCAUUUUUAGGGUUCAUAUUAUUAGCUCCCUUUUUCCGAUUGGCUAGAUAUCAAGCCACUUUUGUUCAAUGACUUAAAUACUUAAAAUAACUAGUACAAUCUUAUGUACUGUCCUCAUGGCAAAGACAAAAAAAUAUUAAUUAGAAUUUAGUUAUUAAAACUUUUAUGUUGAAAAAUGUGUUGAAAAAAAUCUCUGUUAAACAGCACUUGCAAAAACAUGAAACAACAGAAUGAAAGUUUCACAGGAG